AUGCGUGUCAUCGGGCGCUUGACCGAGGGAGUGAGCCUGCCAAUUGACGAACUCUGGCGCAAUCGCGCCGUUGAGGUCGAUGGCGACGAUUGGAAAUAUAGCGUCAACUGGUUGUCGCACGCCAUGGCUGAAAAGAGAAGCACCUCGAUCUUGCUGCAGGACGCGCUUCGAGCGCCUUGUUGUACUCCGUCAACGAAGUCCAGGGCUUGCCUCUUGAGGCCCCUGGAAAUCACAGACACUUUAGCCGGCAGAGGCAUCGGAAAUGGACAGGGCUGCCGGGCUUUUCCAUCUGCGCAGUGCUGGCAGGGUUGCAUCGCCUCAGCGGGUCCACGAUAUGUCUUCGGAAACAUUGCCGAAAUCCUUUGCUGUGCAAGGAUACCCGGUGAACUCUGGCCCGACCCGGAGCAAUAUCCCUGGCGCAAACCACGAUUUCUCUGGCAAACCACCCAGCGAUGUCACCAGCAGAGGGACACUUUUCCCCUGCGCAUCGGCACCCAUACCCUUCUCCCCGAUGGUGUCUAUGAGUGGGCUCAACUUGACGGUCAAUUCGAGAUUGCCAACAUUACCAUGGAGACCUUCGAGGUUGCCGCUAACGUUGCUGCUCGAGCUACCGUCCGGGCCGCGAAAGAGCAGCUCUGGUGA